AAUUUAUGAGUUGCAUUCCUGGGACGACUUUAUUGGAAAAUAGUUCAUUCGAUUACAUGAAAUCAACUUUAACUUAAGAAUACCCCUCAGAAAAAUAAUAACAUGUGAAAGACAACCACUUGUAAUGAAGACAGUAAAAUUCUCCUGUUAGUGAUCCCAUACUAAAUCAUGAGGAAAAAACCAAGAAAAAACCUAAUGAUACUAUGCCGACAUGGAAGUUCUUACUGCCAGUUUGUUUUGCCAUGUUCAUUGCAUUUGCUAUUGCUGCUGAUAGUAUAGAGGAUUGCAAGUGUUUUGCUGAAUUUAAACCAGAAAAAGAAGGUGACAACUGGCUCUGCAGAGGUAUAAAGAAUCAUAGAAUAUAUUCAUGUGGUGAAGAACAACCUCCUCUUUGCAGAUGCUACAAAAAUGGAAAGGAAACCGUUUUGGAUAUUGGUGAAACCAACUGUGUGGGUACAACAAUUUAUGACAGUUUACAUUGUGCACCAACCAGUGAAUGGAACCAAUAUUAUAGCAGACAUCCUCAGAGAAGAAUAGUCAACUAAAUAUUGUAGUAUAUACGUUUAUCAGUGCCGUGAAUACAAAAAUAUAUGAUAUCCAAAUUUAUGUUUCAUCCAAAUCAACAUUAAACAUUUUUGAUUU